UAUUUCUAUAUAAUUAUCCCAGCUCGCAGCUAGUUAGCUGCUCAAAUUUAAUUGGCGGAGCGCCGCCGAUCGGGUUGAAUUCCGACACGUAUAUAUAUAUCCGGUCAGAGUCAGAAUGAUUGAACUGUUCUGUGGUCUGGUGUGUUUGGAAGCGGCGGUGAUAAUUGCGCUUCUCUUCAAAACGCCGUUGAGGCCACCGCUUGUGACGGCGUUGGGGUUGCUAAAGCGAGGGAGGGGCCCACUGAUAGCUAAGACCGUGUUCGGCACCUUAUUUAUGAUGCUACUCGGCAUUUUCUACGACAUUUCCACGCUUAAGACCACUAAUCACAUUCUUCGCGCUUAUUAUCUUCUCGAAGCCUCAUUCUUAGGCUUUUCUCUAUUCUUAGCGAUGGUUGUAGAGAGGAUCCACUAUUAUCUUCCGAGGAUGGAUACUGCAGAGGAAAAGUUGGACUAUUUUUCCAAAAAAAACAUAAAUAGCUCUCUACCAAACUAGUAGCAACAGGCUACACGACUCAGCUAGUCCGGCCGAAGCACCACCACAGACGACACUGAAUGACAAAACAUCAUAUAUCGAUCAUUAAAUUAACACACACAAACCACUCAUAAUAAGUUUUAUACUCCGUAUAUUGUAUGUGUACUUAAAGUAGUUCAACCCUAAUAAUGAAGCUAGCUUUUCA